CAAACCAGAGUUCUAUCCAAAAACCGAUUCAAAAUGUGGAGAUCUUCUUCAUCUUCUUGUUUGAUCUGUUUAGAGAAGAAACCCAACUCAGAUUUCUUCAAGAUCGAAGGUUGUUCUCACCGCUACUGCCUUACUUGUAUGAAGAAACACAUAGAGGUAAAGCUUCUCCGUGGAAUUCUACCCAAAUGUCCACACGCAAACUGCAAAUCUGAUCUGAAAUUCGAUAGAUGUAAAGUAUUCUUAUCUCAUAAGUUAAUUGAGAUAAUGAUUCAACUAUUGAUUGAAGCUUCAAUUCCUGUAAGUGAAAAAGUUUACUGUCCGUUCCCUAAAUGUUCAGCGUUAAUGUCUAAAUCAAUUGGUGUUGAGAUUGUUGAUUCUGGAGGUAGACGAUGUGUUAAAUGUGAAGAACUGUUUUGUAUUGAUUGUAAAGUUCCUUGGCAUGAGGGUAUUAUCUGUUCUGAAUACAGAAUAAGAAAUCCUGAUCCACCUGUUGAUGAAUUGAAGUUAAUUGCUCUUGCUGAUUAUAAUCUUUGGCGUCGAUGUAAAAAGUGUAGUUCAAUGAUUGAACUUGAUGAUGGAUGCUACCAUAUGACUUGCAGAUGUGGGUAUGAAUUUUGCUAUGUUUGUGGGGCUGAGUGGAUGAUAACAGGUCCAUCAUGUUCUUGCCCACUUUGGGUUGAACAAAAUUAGUUGAUUUUUGGAUGAAGAAAGGAUGAAGAAGAAGUGAUGAUGAAGUUUGAGUUGUGAAUGUGUAUAUUUGAAACUUAUGAUCCUUGAUGAUUGAAUGUAAUAGAUGAUAGUGUAGUUUGUAUUAGAAAUUAUUAAUCUCAUAAU